AUGCUCCGCGGCUUCUCCGACGACGCGCCGAGCGAUGCGGCCGCGUUCGAAGCCGUGCGCAGCGCGAGCGGCAGCGCCGACGACGACGCGCUCGCCGAGGCUUUGCCGCAGCGCGAGGAUGCGGCGCUGGCGCGGUCCCGCAGCGCGAGCGCGAGCAGCGACGGCGACGCGCCCGGGCAGCCCUUGGACGCCCCGGAGCUCGGCCGCUUCCGGACCGUGAGCCUCGGCGACGCGUCGCCGAAGCGCGUCCCGCCGUUCGACGUCGAAGGGCCGUCGGCGCCGAGCCGCUACGCGUACCUGCUCGCGUUCGUCGCCGCGCUAAACAGCGCGAAUUUAGGAUAUGAUAUUGGAGUCAUGUCCGGCGCGGCGCUCUACGUCCAGGAGGACUGGGACUUGACCGACGUCCAGGUCGAGAUCCUGGUCGGGAUUUUGAACGGGUGCGCGAUCGGCGGCGCGGCCGUCGCGCACUACGUCAUCGACCACCUCGGUCGACGGCGGACCUUCACGUGCUCCUGUGUCGUUUUUGUGUUUGGGGUGGUGGGCAUGGCGGCGUCGCAGAGCUUCACGGAUCUGCUGUUUUUCCGAGUCGUCACGGGCGUCGGCGUCGGCGUCGGCCUGUCCGUCGACCCGGUCUACAUCGCGGAGGUGGCGCCGAAGGAGUUCCGCGGGUCUCUCGUGAGCUGGAGCGAGAUCUCCAUCAACGUGGGGAUUCUUUUGGGCUUCGUGGCGACGUUCUGCUUUCGGGAUUUGAGGCCUGGGGUGGCGUGGCGGGUCAUGCUCGGCUGCGGCGCGGUGAUGCCGUCCGCGCUCUUCGUGCUGACGCUGACGGUCAUGCCGGAGACGCCGCGCUGGCUCGUGCUGAAGGGCCGCGACGACGAGGCGCGGGCGAUUUUACGGAAGCUCACGGGGUCGGACGGCGACCUGCAGGAGAUCCGCGACGCCGUCGCUCGGGAGCGCGACGCGGCGGCGGGCUGGCGGGCCGUGCUGCGGCCGGAGACGGCGGGUGCCAAAAGAGCCCUGUUGACGGGGGUCGGCGUCGCCUUCGCGCAGCAGAUCCUCGCCGAGGAGUCGCUCCUCUUCUACCAGCCGCGGAUCCUGCUCGACAUGGGCAUGGACCGGACGACGGUGUUGGCCGCGCUCAUCGUCACGGGCGUAUUGAAGACGGGCUGCAUCGUUGUGGCGGCCUCUUAUUUGGACACGCUCGGCCGGCGGCCGCUGCUCCUCGUGUCGCUCGCGGGAAUGGGGUCGGCGCUCUUCCUGCUCGGCGUCGCGUUCGCGGCGAGUUCCGGGCUGCUGGCGAUCCUGUGCGUCAACGCCUACAUGAUGGCGUUCUCCCUGGGCAUCGGGCCCGUGACGUGGCUGCUGGCGUCGGAGGUGUUUCCGCUGAACAUCCGCGCGAAGGCGAUGACGCUCGCGACCGUCGCGAAUCGACUCACGUCGACGGUCGUCGCGUCGACGUUCCUGUCGUGGGCGCGCGCCUUCACCUACGCGGGCUACUUCUUCUUCUUUUCGUUCAUCGCCGCGGCGACGUUCCUCGUCGUGUACCGCCACCUGCCGGAGACGAAGGGCAAGUCCCUCGAGGAGAUGGCCGCGUUCUUCGAGCGCAUCGGCGAGCCGGACGUCCCGGACGCCGCCGCGACGGUCGAGAACCCCGUGCGACGGGAGGCGAGGUAA